AUGGAAGAAGACGCUCAAGUCCUGGCAAAUCGUGACGAACCUGUCCCCGUACUGUCCAUCUCGAAGCCAAGGCCACAGCGUGAUGGAUCGCCCGAUAGCGCCCACUCGAGAUCAUCCUCGCAGUCGAAGAACUCGAUUCAAGAUAGAUUGUUCGCCAAAUUGCUGCAACAGGUCAUCCCAAAGGACGAUGGCGAAGAUGAAGCAAACGCCGGGAAUCUGCCGUUUGCAACAUCUCCCAAACGGCCAGGAUUCAGUCUGCCGUUAAUGUCAAACAAUUUCCGCCGCUUCAACGCACGCAUCGGAGUAGUUUUUCUAUUCCAGAAUCGCGUGGAGCGUGUGUUGAGCUGGAAAACCCCAACUCACACCAUAUCUUUCCUAUUUGCUUACUCCUUCAUCUGUCUUGAUCCCCAUCUACUAAUCGCCCUACCUCUGGUGGUCCUACUACUAUUCAUUAUGGUCCCGGCCUUCAUUACUCGCCACCCUCCUCCACCCUCGACCUCUACCUCAAGCACGACCCCCUACUACUCCUAUGAAGGGCCAGCCCUAGCCCCUGCUACAACUAUUAAACCUGCCCCGGAGACCUCCAAGGACUUCUUUCGCAACAUGCGGGACUUGCAAAAUGUCAUGGCCGAUUUCUCAGACGUCCAUGAUGCAACCAUCUCCGCAUUUGCUCCGCUCACUAACUUUGCCAACGAGAAGCUUUCCUCUACAGUCUUUCUAAUCGGAACAGUGGCUGCCGCGGGGCUCUUCAUGACCGCGCACCUAUUACCAUUGAGACUGAUCAUGCUGGCUGGUGGCAAUGCAGCAGUCCUGGCAAACAACCCCAAAGUUCGACUCUUUUGCCAAGGAUUAAUGGAAGAUGUUGGAAAUGGGUUAGAUGAUCUAGAUCUUCCUCUCCCAGAAGGUGGGAGUAAUCAGGACUUCCUCGGGGCUGUAGUCCCGUCAUCACCAUCUGCCGCCAUGUCGACCAUUGAGCAGUUGGUGGAUAUUUCAGUCGACACCGACCCGGAGGAACGGGAGGUAGAGAUAUUCGAGGUACAGCAUCGUGCUCCAGGGACGUCGCAGUCUGGCUGGGAGAAUUUCCUGUUCAGCCCCCAACCCUAUGACCCGCUGUCCCCAUCUCGAAUUGCCGGUGACCGACCUCGGGGAUGUCGAUUUUUCGACGACGUUCGAUCUCCCCCUGGUUGGAAGUGGAAGAGCAAGAAAUGGGAACUUGAUCUUGAUUGUCGCGAGUGGGUGGUCGAACGCAUGAUCACAGGGGUCGGAUUUGAGGUCCCUGGAGUGACUGCAGAAGGCAGGGCGGUCAUUGAUGAAGUGGGAGGUUGGGUCUGGGAUCUUCCAACCGAGUCCUCGGCACCUAAUGAAGAGAAGGAUAUGACUACAAUGGCUUAUGGAGAUCUGGAUAUGGACUUGCAGUCGCAUCAUCAACCGCAGACUAAGGUUCCAGCUGGAGAUUGGGAAGAGGCGGCAGCUGCUUCUUACGGAGUAGGUGAAUGGCGACGCAGGCGAUGGGUGCGAGUCGUUCAACGCAUGAACAAUAUUCAACCAGGGGGCACCGUCACAUAUUCGACGCUUGGUCAUAACUGA